GGAGGCGGAGGCGGGCGGAUCCCGGCGGCAGCUCCUCCUGCGGGAGGAUGGCCCUGGGAGCGGAACCGGCGGCGGGAGCGGCCGCGUGGUGCGGGACGGGCCCGGGGAGAGGUCUGCGCCUCAACCCAGGACAUUCCAGCAGCCCAGAGCUGGGAUCCAGACACAGCGCCUGAUCCUGCCUGGGGCUGCCCUUGGAUCCAGCUGCUGCCAGGCUCCUCUCAGGCAUUUGGAAAACCGGGGCAUCCCUCCUGCACCCCAUGACCCAACAGAAGUGGCUUCCCCAUAAACCUUGUGUGCAGCUUCCUGUGGAGCUGGGAAUGCACAGCACAGGGUGUCACCCACUGCUGGGGAGCUGGGAAUGCACAGUUCAGGGUGUCACCCACUGCUGGGGAGCUGGGAAUGCACAGCACAGGGUGUCACCCACUGCUGGGGAGCUGGGAAUGCACAGCACAGGGUGUCACCCACUGCUGGGGAGCUGGGAAUGCACAGCACAGCUGUCACCCACUGCUGGGGAGCUGGGAAUGCACAGCACGGGGUGUCACCCACUGCUGGGGAGCUGGGAAUGCACAGCACGGGGUGUCACCCACUGCUGGGGAGCUGGGAAUGCACAGCUUAGGGUGUCACCCACUGCUGGGGAGCUGCCAGAUGAGUCCCCAGGGCAGAACUGGGCAUUGCUCUUGCUCCUGUCACAAGUUGUGCCAUGGCUCAAAUCCCUCUGAUCCUGGCAGUUCUUGGAUCCACCCUGCACCCCUGGGAAGCUUUCCCUUGCAGUCAGCCCCACUUAAUUUAAGGAGUUUGUGCUUCAUGUGCGCUCCACCUGCACCUUGUGGUGCUUUGGGAUCCACCUCCACCCUCAGGGGCUCUGGGGUGCCCUGUCUUGUGCUGGGGACAGCAGGAAAGCAGAGGGGGCUUGGGGAAGGAGCCCCCAGUGAGAAAUGGGGAGCAGGAGCUUGUGUGGCUGUGCCAGAAAGCUGGGAGGGCUCUUGGCAAAGGGCUGAUGGUGCAGGAGAGCAGCAGGGGGGAAAACAGCUUGGCCAUUCCAUGGGGAAGCUGGGCCCUGGCACCAGAGCAUCAGGUGCAGGGGCUGAGGGAAGCAGGUGGAGCUGCUCUUUCCUGGAUCCUGCUCCGUGGGAUCUGCCAAUGGCCAUGCCAUGGGAUCAGUGCUGUGCAAGAGCCACUGGGAAGGGGGGUCAGGGCCAGCACUGCCCUUUGGGCUCCCCUUGUCCCCCUCUUGGGCCAGGAUUGGGAUUUGGAAGGGAUGAGGAGCCCCAGCUGUGCUGCCUGCCUGCUGCAGCUGGGAAUUGCAGUGCAGCUGCUCCAGUGCCCUUGGGCACCCUUGGCAUCUCCUCCUCCUGCCCCAGGAGCCGCGUGGCUCCUUCUCCUGCAGCCCCAGCUCCUGCCACGCCUCCUCCCUGUCCCUUGCCAUUGGGGACAUUGGCUCCUCUUUGCUUUCAGUCCUUGGCCCUGCAGUUUCAGCUCUGCCUUUCCCCGGGAUGGGCUGGCAAACCCAAAAUAUGCCCUGGCCUGUCCUGGACACUCUGAUGCCUUCCCAGGGUUUGAGAUGCUCCAGCUCAGAUCUUGGCCCCCCCACCGGGGGUUUGGGCCUCUCAGACUGGACUUUGAGAUCCUCAGACCAGGGUUGGCACCCUUGAACUCUUGUUGCACAUGAGGGUUCAUUCCCUGGAUGCCACUUUCCACCCCAACCUGAGGCAUUUCCUAUUUUUCAUUGCAGUUUCUCAGGGAGGAGCUGGGGGUGUCUGCAAAAGGCCGAUCCCAGUGCUGAGCAGCAGGACUGAUGCUGGUUUGGAGUCGGGGGUCAGUGGGUCAGUGGCCAUGAGCCCCCGUUUAGUUGGUUCUGAAGUGGCUGGUUUUGCACUGGCUGGUGGAUUUUGGGGGUGACACCCCAAUCAAACUGGGGGAAUGUGUAGAGGAGGGGUUUAUUUGGGGGUACAGAGAGAAAAGGGGUGCAGAGGGACCCCAGGGUGGGUUUUGGGCUCUCCCUUAGGUGGGGAGGGGGUUGGAAGGAGCCCAGGUGGAGCUUUGGGGUCUUUGGGGUGUUUUGUCCUCUUAGGCAUUGGCACCACCUGGUAACCGUUGUCUCUGCAAAAUUGGGAGUCCCCUAAACCAGAAACCUCCCAAAAUCUGCCCAAUGGGGACUCCUCACCACCAAAGGACCUACAAAAAGGCCUGAGCACCAGGAACAGCUCCAAAUUUCAGUUCUCCAACCCACUGACCAUCAAAAUCGGGUUCUUUCCACCUUGCACCCUCUAAUCCAGGGUGCAAAUCCUCCAUAAAUGCCCCAAAUCAGAAUCCUUUCAACCCAAACUCCUCAAAGCUUCAGUUCCCCCACCCAAUCGCUCCAAUCCAGGCAUUUCCUACACACCGUUGCCCAAAAUUGCUGUCCCCCCACCAAAAAUACCCCCAAAAUUGGGGUUUUCCAACACUUUGACCCCCCAAAGAUUGGGUUCUCCGCCUUACCUUUGAGGCUGCUCCACAUUUACAGCAGAUUCCCUCCAGUUUAGUGGUGCAGUCUCACACCUGAGAGCCCCAUUUUUGCCACACUCUUGAUUUUUGGGUCAUACCUGGGGGGCUGGGCAGAUCCUGGAUCUAUGUGGUGACCCCCCACAUUCUGGAGCUUUUCCCUCCAUUCUCCAGGUCUAUCUCCCGUUUUCACAAUUCAGCCUUCAUUUUUGGGGUCCAGCCCACAGUUGGGGCCCCACCAUUGUUGGCCCCCCUCGGAUUUUGGGGCUCACCUGGGGGGCCAGGUUGUCCAGCAGGACGAUGUCAGCCCCUGCCCCUGCAGCUGCCAGAGCCUCAUUUGCACUCGAGCACUGCAACCCCAACCAGCGGGUGAAGCCCCCGGCCUGGCGCAGCCCCAAAAUCAUCUGGGGAAGAGAGGGGGGUCAGCGGGAACCCCAGAGCGAUGUCCAAUCCCUCAGACCCAAGAUGGGGUGGGGAAAAUGGGGAGGUUCCCCCAGUCAUUGACUUAAAAUUAGGGUUUCACAUCACACCCAGCACUGAUCCCCACAAAUUGGGGUCCUCUCCCCAGAUUCCCCCAAUUCAAGGGUGUCCACUGACCCCAAUGUUGGGGUUCCCCCUCCUAUGAUCCCCAACAAUUCAGGAGUUAUCCCCCAAACUGGGACCUCACUGUCUCUCCAGUCCAGGGGUCCUCCCACAUCACUCCACACCUAGAAUGCCCCAAUCCAGGAGUCUGUCCCAAAAUUUGUACUCCCCUCAAAUAUUGGUGUUUCUCCACCACCCUUGAAAUUUGGGGUACCCCAAACCAUCUCUCCCCUCACAAUGGAGCCCCCUUGCACCAAUACCCCCCCCAUUUCCUCCAAACCUCAUGUUCCCCCAUGCAACACCCCCAAAAUUGGGGUUGUCACACCCACGACCCUGAACCCACCAGUUCAAGAGUCCCUGCACCCAUCUCCUGCCAAACUGGGGUUCCUGCCAACCCCAUCUUGGGGAUCCUCACCUACACCCCACAAUCCAGGGGUUUGGGUCCUUCCCAUCAGGCAGAUGUUCACCCAGGGUAGCAUCCAGGCCAGCAGCUGGUUCUCUGGCAGGC